AUGGGAUCUGAGCUGCUCGUUAAGGUGGAAGCAGACUGCGACAGCCUACGCAAUGCUUUGACACUCCCUUUGGAGGACUCGACGCCUACAUGGUUGGCGACUUGCGUCAACUCCUCCCCGUACAAGCAACUGAGAGCAGUCGCAGAGAUGUUUUCGGCGAAGAGUGUGCAGUCGUCGCCAGCCACAUCGCUCUUUCUACUGGCGAUCCUUCUGUGCGCCUGGGCGACAACGCCUUGCCUGGGAGGCGCCGAAGCCAGUGCGAGUUCUUCGGAGACAGGGUGGUCCGAGGCGAGCUACGUCCAGAGGCUGAAGGAUUGGAUCGCCAACGCCAUGGACCGGGUGCCACCUACGCUCAUGCGCAAGUUCCUGGAAGCUGACGUGUCGACUGAAUGCAGCCUAGGCCUUCUCAAGAUGAUGCGAGGAUUCCGCAACCUGGAACCGUGGGCGCUGCGAUUGAUUGAUGCAUCCGGCAAGUACCCGACGGGAGCCUUCCAGUUGUCGCGAGCUGAUAUGGGCGCCUUCGACCAAUGCGUAGAGACCGCGCUCUUCAACGACUACGGUGAGGAGACGGUGCGUGGUCAAUACUGCAACCUGUUAGUUUACCAUGGCAACAAAACGGACCUGGACGACCUCAUCUCCUUGGCCAUGCAGUUUGCGCAUCCUCGGGUGAGGCAGCGAUUUGAUCAAUGCAUCUGUCUGAUAAGUUAGAAUGAUGUAUAAGCCUUGAAAACUAGCGUUCGGAUAAUAUUUUGUUGGUGCACGGGUAAUAAUGUUGCUGUGCAAGCCAUUUAAUGA